GCGGCAAGGCGCGAUGACGGAACGGAAGGGGACAGCUAAAGUGGACUUUCUGAAGAAGAUUGAAAAGGAAAUCCAGCAAAAGUGGGAUGAUGAGAGAGCAUUUGAAGUUAACGCAACAGAUGCUGCAAACCAGAAGAGCAAUGGCAAAUACUUUGUCACCUUUCCAUACCCAUACAUGAAUGGCCGGCUUCACUUGGGACACACAUUUUCUUUAUCAAAGUGUGAGUUUGCUGUUGGCUAUCAGAGGCUAAAAGGAAAAAUCUGCCUGUUCCCGUUUGGACUGCAUUGCACUGGCAUGCCCGUUAAGGCAUGUGCAGAUAAGCUGAAAAGAGAAAUGGAAUUGUACGGCUGUCCACCAGAAUUCCCUGAUGAAGAGGAGGAAGAGGAGGAAUCUAAGGGGGAUGAAAUGGUCAUCAAAGACAAGGCUAAAGGCAAAAAGAGCAAGGCUGCUGCUAAGACCGGGUCUUCAAAGUACCAGUGGGGAAUCAUGAAGUCUUUGGGCCUCUCUGAUGAAGAAAUAAUGAAGUUUUCAGAGGCUGAACAUUGGCUUGAUUACUUCCCACCUCUGGCUAUUCAAGAUUUAAAGAACAUGGGACUGAAGAUCGAUUGGAGACGCUCCUUCAUCACCACUGAUGUUAACCCCUAUUAUGAUUCUUUUGUACGAUGGCAAUUUCUAACCCUAAGGGAAAGAAAUAAAAUUAAAUUUGGUAAACGAUACACUAUUUAUUCGCCAAAAGACGGACAGCCAUGUAUGGAUCAUGACAGACAAACAGGGGAGGGAGUCGGACCUCAAGAAUACACUUUAAUUAAAAUGAAGGUGGUAGAACCUUAUCCUGUGAAAUUAAGUGGCCUGAAAGGAAAGACUAUCUUCUUGGUAGCUGCUACUCUGAGACCAGAGACUAUGUUUGGACAGACUAAUUGUUGGGUUCGCCCUGACAUGAAGUACAUUGGGUUUGAGACUGUGAAUGGGAAUAUUUUUAUUUGCACACAGAGAGCUGCAAGGAAUAUGUCUUACCAAGGUUUCACAAAAACCAAUGGAGUAGUACCUGUCGUGAAGGAGCUUAUGGGGGAGGAGAUCCUUGGGGCUGCGUUGUCAGCCCCUCUAACAUCCUACAAAGUCAUCUAUGCCCUUCCAAUGCUGUCUAUUAAGGAAGAUAAAGGCACUGGAAUAGUUAGCAGCGUCCCAUCUGAUUCCCCAGAUGACAUUGCGGCCUUUAGAGACUUAAAGAAAAAACAGGCAUUUCGAGCAAAGUAUGGCAUUAAAGAUGAAAUGGUCCUGCCAUAUGAACCAAUCCCCGUCAUCGAGAUCCCUGGCUACAGCAACCUUUCUGCUCCGCUGGUCUGCGAUGAGCUCAAAAUCCAGAGUCAGAAUGACAGAGAGAAGCUGGCGGAAGCCAAGGAGAGACUAUACCUGAAAGGAUUUUAUGAGGGAGUAAUGUUGGUGGAUGGAUUCAAAGGCCAGAAAGUCCAGGAUGUCAAGAAACUCAUUCAGAAGAUGAUGAUCGACAAUGGUGAAGCAAGUAUUUAUAUGGAGCCAGAGAAGCAAGUUAUAUCUAGAUCUGCAGAUGAGUGUGUGGUGGCUCUCUGUGACCAGUGGUACUUGGACUAUGGUGAAGAAAACUGGAAGCAACAGGCUUUUGAAUGUUUGAAGACACUUGAGACAUUUUGUGAAGAAACACGAAGAAAUUUUGAAGCUUCUUUAGGCUGGUUGCAGGAACAUGCCUGCUCAAGAACAUACGGAUUAGGAACUCGAUUGCCAUGGGACGAGCAGUGGUUGAUAGAGUCUCUCUCUGACUCAACUAUCUACAUGGCUUUCUAUACGGUUGCUCAUCUGCUGCAAGGAGGCAAUCUCCGUGGAGAAGGAGAGUCCCCACUGAAGAUUAGGCCAAAUCAGAUGUCUAAAGAAGUUUGGGACUACAUCUUCUUUAAGACAGCUCCAUUCCCUGCCACGAAAAUCCCAAAGGAAACGCUGGAUAAACUAAAGCAGGAGUUUGAAUUUUGGUAUCCUGUGGAUCUACGAGUUUCUGGCAAGGACCUUGUUCCAAAUCACUUGUCCUACUAUCUCUAUAACCACGUGGCCAUGUGGCCAGAUCAAAGAGAAAAAUGGCCUCUAGCUGUGCGAGCAAAUGGACAUCUCCUCCUGAAUUCAGAGAAGAUGUCUAAAUCUACGGGCAACUUUCUCACUCUGUCCGAAGCUUUUGAGAAGUUUUCUGCUGAUGGUAUGCGGUUGGCGUUGGCUGAUGCAGGCGACACCGUAGAAGAUGCAAACUUUGUGGAAGCCAUGGCAGAUGCUGGCAUCCUCAGACUGUACACUUGGGUGGAGUGGGUGAAGGAAAUGCUUGCUAACUGGGACAGCUUAAGAAGCGGGCCUGCUGCUACCUUCAACGACAGGGUCUUUGCCAGUGAAAUGAACAUGGGCAUCAUCAAGACAGAUCAAAACUAUGAGAAGACUAUGUUCAAGGAAGCCCUGAAAACUGGCUUCUUUGAGUUUCAGGCAUCGAAAGACAAGUACCGCGAACUAGCCAUUGAAGGGAUGCACAGAGACUUGGUGCUCCAGUUUAUUGAAUCUCAGACGCUCCUGUUAGCUCCGGUCUGCCCUCAUGUGUGUGAAUACACUUGGGCACUGUUGGGCAAGAGUGACUCCAUCAUGAACGCUUCCUGGCCAGUGCCUGGCCCUGUGGAUGAAAUAUUGAUCCGCUCUUCCCAGUACCUCACAGAAGUUGCCCACGACCUUCGCCUGCGCCUCAAAAACUAUAUGGCGCCAGCAAAAGGAAAGAAGGGCAAUAAGGAAGCGCCCCAGAAGCCGUCGCACUGCACCAUUUAUGUGGCCAAGAACUACCCACCUUGGCAGCACACCACACUGUCUCUUCUACAGAAACACUAUCAGACCAAUGGAGGACAACUACCAGACAACAAAAUAAUUGCCAGUGAACUCGGCUCCUUGCCAGAACUGAAGAAAUACAUGAAAAGGGUUAUGCCUUUUGUUGCCAUGAUCAAGGAGAAUCUAGAGAAGAAAGGCCCCCGUGUACUUGAUCUGGAGCUGGAGUUUGAUGAACGGGCUGUACUCGUGGAGAACAUUGUCUACCUGACCAAUUCCUUGGAGCUGGAGCAUAUAGACUUGAAGUUUGCUUCCGAAGGAGAUGAGAAAAUCAAAGAAGAUUGCUGUCCUGGAAAACCGCUUUGCACGUUCAGAGUGGAACCUGGCGUGUCUGUAUUUCUGGUAAACCCACAGCCAGCAAAUGGCCACUUCUCUACAAAAAUUGAGGUCAGGCAAGGAGAUGGUCGAGAUGCAAUAAUCAGACGUUUGAUGAAGAUAGACAGAGGAAUCAAAGAUCUUUCCAAAGUGAAACUGAUGAGGUUUGAUGAUCCUCUCUUGGGACCUCGUCGUGUCCCUGUGCUCGGAAAAGAAGAUGCUGAGAAGACUCCCAUCUUAGAACAGGCUGUCUUUCACAUAGACCUAGCUGGCAAGCAAGUUCGCCUCACUGAGAAUGGGCGAACAACCAAUAUUGGGGAUACGCUGGUCUACGUUGUUAGUUAGGACUUGGACAGAGCUGCUCUGAUCACUGAUGAAUCUUCAGGUCACAUGGAAGGGGUUUGGAAGCAAUAGUGGACCACAGCAAAUU